GGGGCCCGUUGAGGCUUUGGGAGAGUGAGGGUGUGGGAUAAUUUGGGAAACGUACUGCCUAUUUCUGUGGGAUCCGGGGAGGAAGCCCUGAGUGGAUUGACUCUGGAAAAGAAUGGGACGGGUCGGCUAAGUCCUGGAAGGUUCUGGUUCUGGUUUCAGAGUCCGGUGGUGUGUGUGUGUUGAGGCUUGGGAUCUCGACCGAACCGGGAGGCCGGACGUGGGAGGGGUGGUUUCACGGUGGCAUACACUCUUGCCCGAAUAUUUUGGCCAUUUCCACUUGCUUUGCAGGCGCCGGGCGUUUUUCUGCGGAGCACGUGUUUCUUUUUAUUUACAGUCGUUUUAAAGUAUUGGGAUUUGAAAUCGAGUGAGUUCUCUGACUUAUUUGAGCACACGACCCAGGAGUACUUGGAGAAAAAACUGGUUCCAGAGGACCUAGACUGACGGUAGAAAUGAGUCCUGCAGAUGCCCUUGACGAUGAAAAUACAUUUAAAAUCUUAGUUGCAACAGAUAUUCAUCUGGGAUUUAUGGAGAAAGAUGCAGUCAGAGGAAAUGACACAUUUGUAACAUUUGAUGAGAUUUUAAGACUUGCCCAGGAAAAUGAAGUGGAUUUUAUUUUGUUAGGUGGUGAUCUUUUUCAUGAAAAUAAGCCCUCAAGAAAAACAUUACAUACCUGCCUCGAGUUACUGAGAAAAUAUUGCAUGGGUGAUCGUCCUGUACAGUUUGAAAUUCUCAGUGAUCAGUCAGUCAACUUUGGUUUUAGUAAGUUUCCGUGGGUGAACUACCAAGAUGACAAUCUCAACAUUUCGAUUCCAGUGUUCAGUAUUCAUGGCAAUCAUGAUGAUCCCACAGGGGCAGAUGCCCUGUGUGCCCUGGACAUACUAAGCUGUGCUGGAUUUGUAAAUCACUUUGGACGUUCAGUGUCUGUGGAGAAGAUAGACAUUAGUCCAGUUUUGCUCCAAAAAGGAAGCUCCAAAAUUGCUUUAUAUGGCUUAGGGUCCAUUCCAGAUGAAAGGCUCUAUCGAAUGUUUGUCAAUAAAAAGGUAACAAUGUUGAGACCAAAAGAAGAUGAGAACUCUUGGUUUAACUUAUUUGUGAUUCAUCAGAACAGGAGUAAACACGGAAAUACUAACUUCAUUCCAGAACAAUUUUUGGAUGACUUCAUUGAUCUUGUUAUCUGGGGCCAUGAACAUGAGUGUAAAAUAGCUCCAACCAAAAAUGAACAACAGCUCUUUUAUGUAUCACAACCUGGAAGUUCAGUGGUUACUUCUCUUUCCCCAGGAGAGGCUGUAAAGAAGCAUGUUGGUUUGCUGCGCGUUAAGGGAAGGAAGAUGAAUAUGCAGAAAAUUCCUCUCCACACAGUGCGGCAGUUUUUUAUGGAGGAUAUUGUUCUGGCCGAUCAUCCAGACAUUUUUAACCCAGAUAAUCCUAAAGUAACCCAGGCCAUACAAAGCUUCUGUUUGGAGAAGAUUAAAGAAAUGCUUGAAAAUGCUGAGCGAGAACGUCUGGGAAACUCUCGACAGCCAGAGAAGCCUCUCAUACGACUUCGAGUGGACUAUAGUGGAGGUUUUGAACCUUUCAGUGUUCUUCGCUUUAGCCAGAAAUUUGUGGAUCGGGUAGCUAACCCAAAAGAUGUUAUCCAUUUUUUCAGGCACAGAGAACAAAAGGAAAACACAGGAGAAGAAAUCAACUUUGGGAAGUUAAUCACAAAACCUUCAGAAGGCACAACUCUAAGAGUAGAAGACCUUGUAAAACAGUAUUUUCAAACUGCGGAAAAGAAUGUGCAGCUCUCACUUCUAACUGAAAGGGGAAUGGGCGAAGCAGUACAAGAAUUUGUGGACAAGGAAGAAAAAGAUGCCAUAGAGGAAUUAGUGAAAUACCAAUUGGAAAAAACACAGCGAUUUCUUAAAGAACGUCAUAUUGAUGCCUUAGAAGAUAAAAUCGACGAAGAGGUACGCCGUUUCAGAGAAAGCAGGCAAAAAAACACUAAUGAAGAAGAUGAUGAAGUUCGAGAGGCUAUGACUAGGGCCAGAGCCCUCAGAUCGCAGUCCGAGGACUCUGCUUCCGCCUUUAGUGCUGAGGACCUUAUGAGUAUAGAUCUGGCAGAACAGAUGGCUGAUGACUCUGAUGAUGACAUCACAGCAGCAGCCAACAGAGGAAGAGGCCGAGGAAGAGGCCGACGGGGAAGAGGGCAGAGUUCAGCCUCGAGAGGAGGGUCUCAGAGAGGAAGAGGAAGCAGUAGUCUGGAUACUUCUACUCGAAGCAGAAGUUCAAAGGCUGCUGUGUCAACAUCUAGAAAUAUGUCUAUUAUAGAUGCCUUUAAAUCUACAAGACAGCAGCCUUCCCGAAAUGUUGCUACUAAGAAUUACACAGAGACGAUUGAGGUGGAUGAGACGGAUGAAGAAGAAGACAUGUUUCCUACCACUUCAAAAACAGAGCAGAGGUGUCCGAGCACAUCAUCAUCAUCAAGCAAGCGCAUGUCCCAAAGCCAAAUAGCUAAAGGGGUCGAUUUUGAAUCAGAUGAGGAUGACGACGAUGAUCCUUUUAUGAACACUAGCUCUUUAAGAGGAAACAGAAGAUAAUAUAUUUAAUGGCAGUUUGAAGCAUUCAAGGUUCAGGAAAAAUCAAAACACUGCAAGCAAACAGUUUACAGUUGAAGAUUUUUUUUAAGUAUUGCUGUUAAUUAAAGAAUUUGAAAGAGACUUACUUAACAGAGAAACUUAACGUAUAAGAAUUUGUGUUUUGACGUAUCAUUUCGUGAACAUGACUCCUUUAAUUGAGAAACAUCCCAAUUUGAGGACAUCCAGAAUGGCACUGGUUCUCCAUACUUUUUAAUCUAGUUCUUAACAUUACCUGGGGAUGCUCUACAAGAUCAGAAUGUUUUCUUUACAUAUAUUAGCGUACAUCUAACUGAAUGAGGGCUUUGCUUAAAUACCAUUCUUGAGUAAGGAUUAACAGAAAUGUGUCACUCUAUGUUUCUGCUUCAUUAUCAAAGACUGUCAGUAUUUUAAUGUAGUUACAUGUAACCAAAGUUGCGGAAAAGAGCUUAUAAAACUUAACCUCCUUGUAAUUUUAAUAAUUUCUAAAGAUUCUGGAUUUCCUGAAGGUAAAACAAUCUGUAAAAGCGUGCCUAAGCUCAUUGUUUGUUACUAAGUGUUGUUCUUUUUCUAUUGUUUGUGAUCGUGUCAGCCACUGAGACUUUGAAUGUUAGAUGUAUCUUAUACUUUGAAUAAUUAGAUAUAUUUGUAUUUAAAAAUAGAUCAAUCUCUGAAUUACUAAGUUUUUGAUUUCAGUUGUAGCAAAGAUUUUAAAAAAUUGUGUUCCCAUUCAGCAAUAGUCAUUUUCUCUAUUCUCCAUUCUUCGUGGUUCUCUCUUUCUCCUGUGCUAUAUCUGUCUCCUCUAUUUCUAGGAGGAAAAGCGUUAAGAAAGAUUUAUACUUAACUAUAUCUUUCUUAGAAGAUAAUUGAAGAACGUUUUUUAGAUAGAGUGGUCAGUUGGUCAUUAUGAUUAUAUUAGAUUAAAAUAUUAAAAUACAACCUCUGUGGAAUAUCAGUGCCAAAAUUUCAUAUUAGUAAUAUUUUAUCUUAACAUCAGACAUAGUUCCAGAAAUCUUAGUGAAGCAGCCCGUGUUAAGUUCAUAUUUUCUCCCAUCCAAGUACUAACCAGGUCCGACGCUGCUUAGCUUCCAGGAUCAGGCACAUUCAGGGUGGUAUGGCCGUGGACAAGUUUGUAUUUCCUUACUGUGUUCAGUGGGGGUAUAAGAAUUGGACCUCUUCAGAUUUAAGUUCAGUAAUUCCGUUCUCUGUCUUAAGACUGUUAAAACACCCUUAGAGUAUUCCUUCCUAUCGUCUAUGAGGUACCUAUAUUUAAAGACUCCUUAGGGAAUUUGUAGAUCUGGGCAGUACAACAAGCACACAUUUCUUCAUUUGUAGAGUUAUACACUUGACUGAGCAGUAGUCAUGAUUAUUGGCACGGUCACACCUGGACUGUGUCAAAUUAUAAAAGAACAUUUGCCUGGUGGCUGUCUCCAUAUUAUAGCCCUUUGAAAUGGCCUAGGCCUGGGAUAUAACCUUCUGUUGGGAUAAAGUGUGAAUCCGUUUUAAAUAUUAAAAAAUAUAUAUUUUCUGUACCUAGCUUGAGCGUAAGGAUUAGUUUAGCAGGUAGUAUUAAUCAGUGAAGGCGUUGUCCUGCGAAAUAUUCUCAGGUCCAUGGGCCCACAUCUCUAAUAUUCCCAGCAGAAAUGAAACCAGGAGUGAGAGUUGCUUUCCCUGCAGAAUGGAAGCUGGUUUGGGCGGUGGUGUGUGGACAGCGUAGUGCCGCCCCUGCACAGCAGGCGUCUGCUAAUGGCCCUUCUCACCUGCCGCCAAGAUGUGCUCGGGCGAGGGGCAUAGUGAAGGAGACAGUCACAAAAGCAUCCUGACCAAGUCCUACGAAAAAAGAAUGACUUUCUCUUUUUCUGAAAAUUGCUCCAUGGUAUAAAAAAAAAAAAGGUACUAAGUGUAACACAGUUAGCUCCUAGGAAAAGGGAUCCCAGGGCAGUGAGAGGUGAAACCCUGUUCACUUAAUCCGAAUCAUUUUGUUAACGGUGCGUGUCACGUCCUGGAAACAGGAAAGAAAAUCCUUUCUGAUUGGAUAUUGUCGCAUAGUUUAAGUAUGCCCUUGAUACUUACUGUUGAUGCAGUAAAAUCUAGGGGUUUGGUGGGAAGUUUCCAGACAUGUUAGUGUAGGUGUAUAGAGGUGAUUCCAGAUGAUUGCAGAGUACCUCCACUUGCUCUUGGAGGCCAAGAAAGCAGCGAUGAAAACAUUCUGAGGAAAAGAGCCUUCCAUCAUUUACCAUCCUUCCAUCAUUUACCAAAGAAUAUACCUCUUUUCGGUGUUUUGUUACUAUCAUAAAAAUACAGCAGUGCAUUUAUAAGGCUAAGAAUGUAUUGUAAUUCCAGGAAAUUCUAUAAAUAUAUGACUGGCCAGGUGCUUAGGAAUUUUAAGCAUUUAGGCAUAAGACUUAAUUCAGGUACAUAGAAACCUUUCUUUUCCCCAAAAUAAGCCUUUAAAAUUACAAGGUACAAGAACAGGAAAGUCAUGUGGUUUAAUAAAUAAUUGUAAAGUCAGCACUCAUGACAUCUCUAUGCAGGUCAAGAAAUAGAAUACCACUCGUGCCCUGGAAGCCCCACCAGUGGCUCUCCCCUGCCCUCUGACUAACCAGUCUUUUGACUUCUGUCAUUGAGAAGCUUUUUUAUUAUUAUUAUUAUGAAAUUUAUGUUCAAAUUGGUUUCCAUAAAACACCCAGUGCUCAUCCCAACAGGUGCCCUCCUCAAUGUCCAUCACCCACUUUCCCCUCCCUCCCACCCCCA